AUGUGCGUGCGCGUGUGUGUUUGUGUGUGUCCAGGAGCAAUUCUGGGAGUACGUAGUAUUAUAAGCUUCCUGUAGGGCUGGGUUGGACUGGACCCCGCUGGGCUGUGCUGUCUCUGCUACGUGUCUCGAAGAUGUCGUGUCCAGGCAGAGGAAGUGUGGAUGUGUGACUCAGUGUCCUGGAAAGGGCUGUAUCUCUCUGGAUCAGAUUUAGUCUCACUCCUCCCUGUGGUCUGGCUGGUGGGACUGGACAGGCAGGCCUAGAGUAGGUCUCCACAGCUGGGCUCAGUCUCCACGACACACUGCUUCUGUCUGGACUGGACAUGUAGUUGUUCAGUUGCUCAAUCUGGAUAUAUUGCUGUGGUCUACAAGGUAGCCGCGGUAACCGACGGUAACGCUUCCUAGCCCGGCUUCCUGCCGCUCCCGCUGCUGCCAGCCGUUGCCAUGGCGCCCCGCAAGCGUGGCGGGCGGGGCUUGUCCUCCGUCAUUUUCUGCUGCUUCAAAGGGAGCGACCACCCCGAGAUCACGUACCGCCUCCGCCAUGACAGCGGCUUCACCCUGCAGAGCCUGGAGCCCGCUCUGCCCAUGCCGCCCUCCGAAGAACUGGACGCCAUGUUCACCGAGCUGGUGGAUGAGCUGGACCUGACAGAGAAACACAGAGAGGCCAUGUUUGCUCUGCCUGCUGAGAAGAAAUGGCAGAUCUACUGCAGCAAAAAGAAGGAACAGGAGGAGAACAAGGGAGCAACCAGCUGGCCAGAGUUCUACAUUGACCAGCUCAACUCCAUGGCUGCUCGGAAGACUCUCCUGGCCCUGGAGAAGGAGGACGAGGAGGAGAGAAACAAGACCAUAGAGAGUCUGAAGACCGCCCUGAGGACACAGCCCAUGAGGUUUGUGACACGGUUCAUUGACCUGGAUGGUCUGACCUGCAUCCUGAACUUCCUGAAGAGCAUGGACUACGAGACCACCGAGUCCCAGAUCCACACCUCCCUGAUCGGCUGCAUCAAGGCCCUGAUGAACAACUCCCAGGGGCGGGCCCACGUCCUGUCCCACUCCGAGAGCAUCAACAUCAUCGCCCAGAGCCUCGCCACGGAGAACGUCAAGACCAAGGUGGCGGUGUUGGAGAUCAUGGGAGCUGUGUGUCUGGUCCCCGGGGGCCAUAAGAAGAUCCUGGAGGCCAUGCUGCACUACCAGAAGUUUGCUGCAGAGAGGACCAGGUUCCAGACUCUGUUGAAUGACCUGGACAGGAGUACUGGUCGCUAUAGAGAUGAGGUCAACCUGAAGACGGCCAUCAUGUCCUUCAUCAAUGCUGUCCUCAGCCAGGGAGCCGGGGAGUCCAGCCUGGAGUUCAGGAUCCACCUCCGUUAUGAGUUCCUCAUGCUGGGCAUUCAGCCCAUCAUCGACAAGCUGCGCUCCCAUGACAACUCCACUUUAGACCGGCAUCUGGACUUCUUUGAGAUGCUGAGGAACGAAGAUGAGCUGGCCCUUUCCAAACGCUUUGAUACCGUCCACAUCGACACGAAGAGCGCCACACAGGUGUUUGAGCUGAUCAAGAAGAAGAUGAGCCACACUGACGCUCAGCCACACUUCAUGUCUGUGUUGCAGCACUGUCUCCUCAUGCCUCACAAGCGCAGUGGGAACACGGUUCAGUACUGGCUGCUCCUGGACCGCAUCGUCCAGCAGAUCGUCCUCCAGAACGACAAAGGUCACGACCCCGACGUGACCCCGCUGGAGAACUUCAACGUGAAGAAUGUGGUGAGGAUGCUGGUCAACGAGAAUGAAGUGAAGCAGUGGAAAGAACAGGCGGAGAAGAUGAGAAAAGAGCACCACGAGCUGCAGCAGAAGUUUGAGAAGAAGGAGAGGGAGUGUGAUGCUAAGACCCAGGAGAAGGAGGAUGUGAUGCAGACCCUCAACAAGAUGAAGGAGAAGCUGGAGAGGGAGAGCAGCGAACACAAGGCUGUCAAACAGCAAGUAGCUGACCUGUCGGCCAGGCUGCAUGAGCUCAACACUAGGCCAAGUGUUCCUGGGGGCCCCCCCCUCCCCCCAGGGGCCCCAGGAGGGCCCAUCCCUCCUCCUCCCCCCAUGGUUGGCAUCCCUCCUCCUCCACCACCUCCUGGAGGGGCUCCUCCACCUCCUCCUCCUCCGCCCGGCGGGCCCCCACCUCCCCCGGGCAUGGCUUCCUUCGGUGUGCCCCCUCCGCCUGGAGCCCCCCUGGGCCCCGGGAUGAAGAAGAAGAACAUUCCCCAGCCCUCCAACGCCCUCAAGUCCUUCAACUGGGCCAAGCUGGCUGAGAACAAGCUGGAAGGGACAUUGUGGACCGAUGUGGACGAUCUCAAGGUGUUCAAGGUCCUGGACCUGGAGGACAUAGAGAAGACCUUCUCAGCAUACCAGAGACAGCAGGAGUUUGUACUCAGCACCAAGAAAGAGUCCGAGGACGAUGCUCUGGCCACUAAAAAGGUCAAGGAACUGUCUGUCAUCGACGGACGCCGUGCCCAAAACUGCAACAUCCUCCUCUCAAGGCUGAAGCUGACCAAUGUGGAGAUCAAGAGAGCCAUCCUGACCAUGGACGAGCAGGAGGACCUGCCCAAGGACAUGCUGGAGCAGCUGCUGAAGUUUGUCCCAGAGAAGAGCGACGUUGACCUGCUCGAGGAACACAAGCAUGAGCUGGAGAGGAUGGCCAAGGCUGACCGCUUCCUCUACGAGAUGAGCAGAAUCAACCACUACCAGCAGAGGCUCCAGGCUCUCUACUUCAAGAAGAAGUUUGCUGAGAGAAUCUCUGAGGUCAAACCCAAAGUCGAAGCCCUGAGCAAGGCCUGCAAGGAGGUUCUCCAGAGCAGGAACCUGCGCCAGCUCCUGGAGGUGGUCCUGGCCUUCGGGAACUACAUGAACAAGGGCCAGAGGGGCAACGCCUACGGCUUCAAGGUCUCCUCGCUCAACAAGAUCGCUGACACCAAGUCCAGCAUCGACAAGAACAUCACCCUGCUUCACUACCUGAUCACGGUCCUGGAACACAAGUAUCCCAAGGUGGCCUUGUUCCAGGAGGAGCUGCAGCACGUCCCCGAGGCUGCCAAAGUCAAUAUGACAGAGCUGGAGAAAGACAUCAACAACCUGCGCUCAGGUCUGAAGGCUGUGGAGACCGAGCUAGAGUUCCAGCGGGGUCGUCCCCAGGACUAUGGGGACAAGUUUGUGGCUGUGGUCAGCCAGUUCACCACCGUGGCCAGCUUCAGUUUCUCUGACGUGGAGGACUGUCUCAACGAGGCCAAGGACCUGUUCCAGAAGGCUGUGAAGCACUUUGGGGAGGAUGCUUCCCGCAUGCAGCCGGAGGAGUUCUUCGGAAUCUUCGACCAGUUCCUGCAGGCGUUCUCCGAGGCCAAGCAGGAGAACGAGAACAUGAGGAGGCGCAAGGAGGAGGAGGAACGCCGUGCCCGCAUGGAGACCCAGAUGAAGGAACAGAGGGACAAGGAGCGGAAGGCCAAGAAAGCCAAGGAGAACUAUGAGGAGGACGGAGAGUUUGACGAUCUGGUGUCCGCGCUGCGCUCCGGGGAGGUGUUCGACAAGGACCUGUCCAAGAUGAAACGCAACCGCAAACGCAUCAACAGCCAGGGCGCCGAGACCAGCCGCGAACGACCAGUCACCAAGCUCAACCACUAAUGGACUGCUGGCUGGGAGGAUGGACCAAUCAGCAGGCUCCACAUUUCACCCCUAGCUGGAUGGACCAAUCCCCGAGCUCGACCUUUGACCUCUAGUUGAGGCAGAGGGUCACCAGACCUUAAACCGUCAACCAGGUGGUUGGUAUUGCAACGGAGGAUGUGUGCUCCUAAAUGUACCUGGCUAAACACUAAACAACCCUCUGAACUGCUGUCACUACCAAACAACAAACUUGACCUUUGAACUGCUGGCAGAGAUCAGCCUCAUACAUGACUUUUAGACAGCUGGCACUCGUCACUCAUAUUCACCCAGAGAUACUCGAAACAAACAGUAUGGCAGAGCCUCACUAGUCCACCACCUCUUCCUCUGUGGUGGAUUGCACCCAAUAACAGCAACUCGCUUUGUCUCUGGGGUUUUACUGCCCCCUAGUGGUGGAAACCAGACUCGCAGCGUGGAAACUUGCAAAUAGACUGACACAGAGCUGGUGCGACACACCGUAUAAUAAAAACAGGUGUCACUUAUAAACCCAUGGAACCACCUUGAGAACCACCUCAGCCAGAUACUAGGGCACGUAGAAGCUGGCUAUCUGGUGGAGCAGGUGUGAGGUACUAUAGAUGAGAUGUGGCUUUAACCAGGUUACCCUGACAGAAAUCUGCCGCGCUCUGUUUUUGCUUAAGUAACCUAACCACCCUCGGCUAUGUCUGUCUGGAAACAGACCUAUUAAAAAAAGAGACAUUGUGUCUAAAAUCUGCCAAACAAGCAUUAGAGGGGACAUUUUUUAAAUAAUAAUUUGUGAUAAUAACUGCCAAAAAAAAACUAUUUUAAAACACUAUAGUGUGAUUGACAGUGUUGUGGAUGUUGGCUGGUUAGAAACAUGGGGCAGGUGCCCUGUAGGUGAACUAUAGUAAUAUGAUUCAUUGAUUGAUUGAUUGAUUAUUCAGUCAAUUUUCAUUUUAGUAUGUUAGGAUUCUCGCUGUAUCUUGGGGAGGGAGGGUGGGAGGGAGGGAGGGAGGGAGGGAGGAAGAGAGGGUGGGAGGGAGAGAGGGUGGGAGGGAGGGAGAGGGAGGACAAGGAAAAGAAGACGAAAGGGAGGGGGGAAGGAGGUUGAGAAGGAAAGGAAGGAGGGAGGAAGAGAACGAAGGAGGAGAAAGCCCCCCUCCCUCCUACUCUCCAGCGGUUGAUGUAUGAAUGAUAAUGUUUUUGAGAUAAGCACAAAAACAUACACCAAGAUAGAGAUUUUGAUACUGUUUUAUAAUCACGAUUUUGCAAAAAGAUUGAUUGUUAUUAUUUAGAUGUAUUUAAAUGCAACCCACCAAGGCAAUAUCAACAUUACAUUAUAAUUCAACUCUAUAAUUCUCACUUAAGAAAACACAGACUGCAACUGACGAUGGAUAGUUGAGUGAUAAGGUGUAUAUUUGACUGUAAAUACAGUAUUACGGUAGGCUGUGUCCCGGGCUGGCGUGUCCAGACUGGGACCUACAUGACAGGAAGUCUCAUGUCUAGGUGUUACUUAGAAAUCAACCAAAAAAGGAUCCCAUUGGCUAUUAGAAUCAUAGAACUAAGAUGCCUCAGACCUGGGCAUGGUGUCGCGUGUCAGACGAUGGGGUUUGCUUCUGUGAUUCUAAUGGCCUCUGGGUCUGUGGAACUCCAUCUUCAAACUAUGCAUCAUCCCCAAAUAUGGUUUUGUUUUAAAGUUUUGUGUUUUCUCUGUCAUGUGUGUAUAUAUAUGAUGUACAUACUGGAGCUAUGCUUAUUCCCCUCCCCAGACUGAGCUCAACAACAGAAGCCAGUUGAAAUAAAUUAGGCCGAGAUUUACUUUUGUUUGCGCCUGUUCUCCAUACAAAGAGAAUCCAAGCAUAGUCAACCAAGAGACUUCACCAUGCGAGUAAAGUGAAUGUGAGGAGGAGCAGGAGUAUGAAAGGUAAUGUUUGGUGUCUGAGCUCUCUCUGCUCAGUGCAGACUCUCAGCAAAGCUGCCUCUUUAGUCGGCUCGGAUCCAUUAGUUUUAAUGUGGUAAUAUUCUGACCCACCUCCUCCCCUGCUUGUGACUGACAGCCUCUGAUAUACCUGGGAUGUUUCUUCACUGCUUUUGUAUUAUUUAAAUCAACUUUCUAUUAUUGACAGACAGAAAUAAAGGAAGGUAAAGGGUA